CCUCUGAAGAGUACCACAAAAAAGGAAGGAACUUCUGUUUAACGUUGCAUCAACUCAAAUGUCUUUCUCAACUUGCCAAACUCUUUUUAUUAAUGGAAGAAAAAAUUGAAGAGCUCUCCACAGAAAUUCUGUUUGUGCCAUCAUUGACGGAGAAGACUAAGAAUGUUCAAGGAGUUCUGAAGAAAGCUAGUGGGGAGCUUUUAAUAGGAGAAACUAGAGCAAAUGAAACCAGUGUGCUUCCUGAACAGUUACUUCAGGUAGAAGAGCCUAUUUCACUGAAUUUUGGCUGGAGAAAUGCAUUUAAAGACCUGUCUUCUUCUGUGGCUCACUGUAUAACAAUAGCAGUCGAGGAUUUUUCAACUAAAAUUCUUCAACAUGAGCAGAAAGAAGAGUUUUCAGCUGCAGGCAAUGCAAUGAGUCUUGUAAACAACCAGCAAAUGAGGGAGUCCUGUGGAGCAGUCCAACAGGAGGAGCAACCAAAACGAAUUGCUAAGUUUUGUUCUGACAUCGUGGAAGAACUUGACACAUUGCUUCCAUUGGCUCUGGCAUGCAGAGAUGAUUCUCUUCAGGAAAUUAGAGCAAACUUUGUAGAGGCCUGCAGCAAAGUGGCAACAGCUGUCCUGGCAAGACUAGAGGAGAGGAGCAAUGAUGUUCCCUCCAAGGCUCCCCUGCAAGACAUGUACGCUGCCCUUUCCACAGCAAUAUAUGUCUUUCAGCAUCUUACAAUGUAUAGCAGUUCAAUGAGAGAAACGAGCAAAAAACCCCUGUUCCUCCUGCCUGUCCAACAAUACCAGGAAUUCAUCAACGUUCUCCAGUUUCAAGUUACGAACUACUGCGUCAGAGUUUGUGCUACAAGCAUUUUACAGGAUGCUGAGAGCCACCACUGGGAUGACUACAAAGCUUUUUAUGAGGGGGAAAGAUGCUCAUUCUCCAUCCAGAUGUGGCAUUACUUCUGCUGUGCUCUUCAUCAUGAUCUGUGGACUAUUCUGCCUCCCAAGACAGCCCAGGAGAUUCUUACAGAUGUACUAGAGGAAUCUUUGGAUAUGCUGUUCUCCAGAUACUGUCAAGCCUGCCCCAGUUACAAGAGAACACCACAAAUCAGAUUUGAUAUUGCAGCAAUUUUGAUGUCCACCGAAGAUAUGCUCUGGUCAGUUUGCAGCUCCGUACAGGAGUUUCUGGAUCCACAUGAAGAUAGAGAUCUCAAGAUCUAUAGAAUACAUAGCCACUGCAAUGGUUUGCUCUCUGUGCUAGCUAUUUUAACUUCACCGCUGAAGAAUUUGUAUGAGACAUUUCUGAACAAUUCUGGUGAACAUCUUCCUCAAGAUUUUUCACAUGUCUUUUAUCAUCCGUUACACUGGUUAUGUUGCAUACCAUCAUCCUGUUCAUCCUUGCUGAAGACUUCAUCAACCCGAGAAAUGGCAGCCCAGGAUCAGCUGAAACUGCUCUUAUCCCAGCCGUACUGUAAUUUGAACUUGCUUUUGCAAACAUUACUACAUCAUGAUUGUCUCUUAGUGAAAAUUUUACUGAGAAGUUCAAGAAAUGAAGUUUUUAAUCGUGAUGAACAAAGUUCUCUCUUAGAACAUAUAAAUACAAACCACCCUACUCUGAUUGAAACAGUCUUCACAGUAUUGUCUUACUGCACUUUGUCACCCAAAUCUCUUGGCCUUGCUUUUGAGACCUACAUGGAAAAAGAGCAGUUGUGGAGUUGCUUAUACAAUAUGACAGUUUCCAGUUGUGGUGAAUCGGAGCCAGAGGUUAUCAGAUGCUUGAAGUUGACUUUGAUUAAUUCAGUCAAGGGUAUAGUGAAGCAGAUCAUUUAUUUGAUGCGUUCAUGGGAGGCAACAGAAAACUAUGGAACGUACCAGCACAAGCAAAUAGUUCCUGAAAGUUUACUGAAAACAGUUCCAAAGGAAUGGAAUUACACUCCUUGGGAAAUGAAGACAAAAGAAUCCGGGAAAUGCUUCACAAGGCUUGCAGCUCAGGCAGUAUCUAUUGUAAUCAGCAAGUUACCUACAGUGAUUGCAUGUUUGCCUCCCCCAAUUAAGUACUUCUUUUUUCUGGCUGAGAGAAAAAUGUCAAGAAACUUUGCUGAAUUGAAGAAAGCUGGUCUGCUUGUCUGGAACUUGAUUGUAAUUAUAUGUCGGAUAUUUGAGGAUGGAAAUACUGCAGAACGUUUAACAGGUGCAACACUUGACAGAUGGAGCAAAGAAAAACUCAGUUUAGUUCGUGUGUGCUUAGAAAGUAUUAUGGGAAAACAGAAGAGUGGUCCUAAGCAAGUGACCCAGAAGGUUAUACAAAGCAUAGAACAGCAAAGACCAAACUGGAUUGAAAGCCAGUUGCUGAAGGCAAGAAAAUUGAGCACAGACUGCGCCUCAGUGACAGUAGAAGGUGCAACGUUAGAGGAAGGAGGUAUUGCACUUGGAUUCACUGAGCAGAAAAUAAACAUGAUGGUCCUGGAUAUCUGCCACAAACCAGGUGGCAGCGAGUACCUGAGGCAAAUUUAUCACAUCAUCCGGCUCAAUGAGGAAUAUUUGAGAGAGCAGCUGUCUUGUGAGAAUUCUUCUGAAGAUGAUGUUACCCUCAGUCAGUGCUUGCCUUUGACACUGAAGGGCAGAGAAGAGCAGCCUGUCUUCAACCCGUUCCAAGUGUACAGACAAUCUUGUGCAAAAGUGUUCAAUCAGUCAACCAUUACUGAAUGGAACUGGGAUUGGUCAAAGUUGCUGCCAAGUUACUUGGGAGUGAAUCAGAUGACCUUCAGGGUGCUGCUGGCACACAGGUAG